UUCUCGCGAUAUCUCGUCUCGAGCGCCCCCUUGUUGUUUGUGUGAAACACCGACGGGAGGUUUGAGGAAUACUGCGCGGCUAACGAUAGCAAGAACCCCAAACAGGGAUUUAAUCCACUCUCCGUCUCCUCUGACACCUUUCAUGUGUUCACACAGCAGCACAGGAUUAUAAUCCACGCUCUUACUUCCGCUUUCCUCCUGUUCUCGCACUGGCGCGAGCAGCGACAGAACGAGAGCUCCGCUAAUCCCGAGGAGAGGGGACGCGGCCUGUUUCUCUACCCGGCUCUCAGUGCACCUCAGGCGGAUACAACUCCCACCACAGCCCGGUGCUUUUCCUGGCUCCUUUUAAAUCACACCAAGAAAGGAGUCACAGCUUCGGGAUUAUUGUUGUUUUUACAGCCUCAGCCUCUCUUCUGUGUGAUCCCCUGUUCUCUGGACCUGCAGCUGUCCAGGUCCCCCCCCCCCCUCCCUCCAUAGACCUGAUCCUGCAGCCGGGGAGGCCUGUUGUGUUUUCUCCUCGAACAAUAACACAACCAUAACGAGCCUGCUGGGGCUGCACAUUAAUGCGUUGUUGGAGGAAUACACACUGACUCCAAGGGGACCAGCAUGCAUGUGGACUAUGGAUCCAUCAGAAGGGGAUCUUUGCAAACUGGAGCACUUUGUGGGGAAAUGCUUUGUGUGAUUAAAACUCAAGAACUGUAUGGAAACAACCAGGUUUAUAUGCAUGCUGUGGCUGCCUGUGAAUGCACCCAACACCUCCAGGGUUGAAGCAUCAGGACUCUUAAAGCUGGGGAUCCACACUGAGGAUGGAUUGGAUCUGACUUGGGAUGAGUAACCUCGAUUGCUCCCUUCGUGGACUCCUCUCUGAGUGGGAUUUACCUGUUUCCUCCAUAUAUGCUCUCUGCAAAGCCUCCAUUGAUAAACCCGGACCCCUUCACGGCUGCUGUGUUUGUGUGUGACUCUCUGACAUAUUAAUAUCCCCUCUACCGGACUGGAGCCCCGGGACAGGCAGCUGAGAUGAACCCGGUGAAUGCGACCUCUCUCUACGUGUCCGCGAGCCGCUCGGUGCUGCAGUGCGACCCCCGGGACCCCCGGGCCCUCGCAGAGCUCUGCAAGCUGCUGCCGUUCUUCCGACAGUCCCUGUCCUGCCUGGUCUGUGGUAACCUCCUGCAGGACCCCAUCGCGCCCACGGACUCGUCAUGUCAGCACUACGUGUGUCGAGGCUGUAAGGGUCAGAGGAUGCAGCUGAAGCCGUCCUGUAGUUGGUGUAAGGACUACUCCCGCUUUGAGGAGAACCGGCAGCUGUCUUUGCUCGUUCACUGUUACAGGAAGCUCUGUCUCUACAUCACACAGUCGCCGCUCGCCCCGCACAUAGCCAGCGCCGCCAGCGACUCGCCGGACCUCCAGGCCAUCCUCAACGAGGGCCUGACGCUGGCGGAGAGCGAGCCGGAGGUGGAGGACGUCUCAGACUCGGUGGGCCUGUCGCAGAUCGCCUCCACCUCAGAGCACGAUGACGCCCUCCCCGCCAAGGAGAUCAAGGGGGAGGAGCCGAGCUCCAUCAGUGUGAACGGGCUGCACGACUGUAACGGCCUGGUCAGUUCGGACUCUCUGCAGCCCGUCACCAUAGAAACAGGUGGAGGUGUGGCCAAGCAGGAGAGCUUCUCGGAGGAGAUGCCGGUGUGUGUGAGCGUCAGCGGGGGCGGGGAGGCGGGACUUUGUGACAUCAGUAGUUUCGGGGAUGACCUGAAGCACGGCGGGGGGCCGCUGUUGUUGAGCGUUGAGGAGGUGCUCAGAACUCUAGAGACGGACACAGACCCUGACCCCGGCCCCGAGCCCAACCCCCAGCCGGACUGCCCCCCCUCUGUCCCUCAGUCCGGCCUCAACGGGCCUCACUGCCCGUCGGGCCCCGACUCCUCUCGCCUCAUCCCCUCCCUCCCGCCAGAGAACAGCCCCCGCCUCCUCCACCCUCACCCGCACCCUCAGCCCUCUAUGCAGCCGCCCCGCCAGCCCUCCACGGUCGUCCCCCACGCUCCUCCUCGAUACCACCGCAAACGCUCCCGCUCGGAAAGCGACAGCGAGAAGGUGCAGCCCCUCCCCAUCUCCACUCUCCUUCGAGGGCCCCCCCUCGGUGCCAACAGCUCCCCCCAUCACCCAAACCCCGGCGCCACCACCAAACAGGAGCCCAAGUUCCCCGCAGCCACGCCCCACCCCCACCUGGCCCCGGUGCCUAACGGUGGACCCCCAAAGGUUGGGAAGACUGUGUUGGUCUCCAACAAGGCGCUGAAAAAGACUGUUGAGCACCACGGAGGCCCCAAGAAGGCUUAUACUAAAGCCAGGCAAGGUGCCCCCAAACCCCGUGCACAACCCCGCGACAGAGUCCUCCCUCACCCACACGCCCACCCGCUGACUCACCCGCCGAGCCCCUCGAAGCCGCUGUACAAGAAGCCCGUGGAGAAGAAGGGCUGCAAGUGCGGCAGAGCCACACAGAACCCCUCGGUGUUGACCUGCAGGGGGCAGCGCUGCCCCUGCUACUCCAACCGAAAGGCGUGUCUGGACUGUAUCUGCCGCGGCUGUCAGAACUCCUACAUGGCCAACGGAGAGAAGAAGCUGGAGGCCUUCGCCGUGCCGGAGAAAGCGCUGGAACAGACUCGCCUCACGCUUGGCAUCAACCUCACCAGUAUCACCGCGGCGGCCCUGCGGAGCCCGGCAACCAGCUCCCCCGGGAACACCCUCCUCAACGUGACGACGGCGACCGGCGCCCCCGUCACAGCCGCCUUCCUGUCGGGGACGGGUCACGACAACCGGGGGUUCGACGAUUCACUGGAGAUGCGGUUUGACUGCUGAGGUCCGGUCGGUCGGGCUGGCGGUGGUUACGCACAUCCCCCCCCGCUGCCCCGCCAGCUGGGCGUUAUCCAAAGGGGGGGGGGGGUGGAGCCAGAACAAAGGCAGCUACAGUGGCAGGCGAGGAAGCGAGGAAAGCGAGGGUCACCAGCCGAAGCUGAGGAGUCGCCCUCCAUUUAUCGCCCCAAACUGCACCAUGCUCGCGCUCGUGCGUCAUCAGAUGCAGCGAGGAAGAGGAGGAGUUGUAGCGUUACUGUAUGUUUCAGAGAUUUCAUUUCAGAGCGAGCUCUUUUGUUUCCUUCUCUACUAUGGGUAAUGUGUAGAGCAUGUUGUGUAGCCUCAGUGUGUGUAUGUGUGCGAGCAUGUGAGUGUGUAUGCGAUGGAGACAUCAUCAUCAUCAUCAUCAUCAUCAUCAGAGACUGGUGUAAUUUAUAUAAGAGGAUGAACUUUUUGUACGUGGACUCAUCAGUUUUCCUUUGAAGAAGACAUUUUAUGAAAUAUUUUAUAAUAAGUUUCAAACCAAGAGAAGCAGAGCAGGGUCCUCACCUGCACUCAACCAGAAUGUUUGCACACAGGCGGGAGCAGAAGGUGUUCUGACUACUAGACUUAAACGAUAACUCCUGCAGGUUUUAUUAACUCUCACCGUGUAACACCACUUUUGAUAUCUGUCGCCGCAAGAACAGGGACGUGACUUUUCAAAAAGCACCAGCCUAACGUUUGUUCAAAGUGUCUGUUGAAUGUUUCUACACCCCAAAAACGUUCCCCUCCAUGUUAUCGUGAACCAAAAACAAACACAGCACACGUGUACCUUUAUCAAAGUGAAACUCCCUGCUCCAUCAUCUGUGUGUUCUCGCACUUUUUGUCCCCACUUCUUCUUCACCAAACACACACACACACACACACACACACACACACACGUUUCUGAUCUUGUUCUUGCUUGUGUUGGAAACCCUCUGGUUGACUGCAGGCGGCCUGGAAGCUACACACAUGCUGCUAAACACCACAAAGGACUCAAGAAGAAGAAGAAGGAGAGCACACUUGUUCCCGUCGUCGUUUCUGUUCCGCUCGUUUUUCGUUUUUAACAUUUGCAGUAUUUAUUGGACGUCUCCUAACAUAGGUUACGUGUUGGGCGUCAUGUUCAGCCCUCUCUCUCUCUCUCUCUCUCUCUCUCUCUCUCUCUCUCUCUCUCUCUCUCUCUCUCUCUCUCUCUCUCUCUCUCUCUCUCUCUCUCUCUCUCUCUCUCUGCCUGUCUGUCGAGUCUGUUGAUUCCAGUCUGGACUUUUCUCUGUCUCUUGUUCAGUUGCUGUCGACUUCUUAGUGUUAGUUUUCCGGUGUCUCCAAAACAGUUUCUGUUCUCCCUCGGGGCAUUUAAAUACCUGUAAUAUAACUGUAACAUAUUUCCACAAAAAAGAAAGAAAAUCAAAAUCUUA